AUGGAUCUCCAACUUCUCGAAAUCGCAAUGGUGAAUUUGAAAGAUGGUAUAGAACCAACCGGUCAGAGGCUUAUCACCAUUUUCCGCACGUGCAUCGAAGAACUCGCUAAAGCAGGCGGCAAACAUUUUCGCUUCGUUUCAAGCUCGCCCACCAAUCACCUGGAAAAGCCUAUCAUCACAAUAAUAGGAAUAUGGCCAACUGCCGAGCUACACGCAGCAUUUCUCGCCGGCGGAGCACUUUUGCAUCUAAUGGCGAGUCUUCAGGGCCUGAUUACCAUGCGGCAGGUAGUUUAUCUUAGAGUUCCGAACCCUACGCCUGCACAAGAAAAAAUUCUUGAGGGGGAUUUCUAUACAGCUUUAUUUUACGUUGGGCCAAGAGAGCAUGAUGAGGUUGACGGUAUUGUGAAAGAUGUGAUCAAGGAAUCAGGCUUUGUGACAGGGUGGAAUACUACGCAGGGAGAGAACUUUCAGCAGUCGGAGGAUUUCCGGAGGGGACGAUUAGAACAGGACAAAAGUGAUGUUCAAAAUGAUGGCAUCUGGAGUAUUCUUCUCCCGAGAGAGAAUAGUGAAGUGAUUGAUGAGCUAAAGGGGAAAACGGCGGGGAAGUUUGAACGUGUAGAGGUUUUGGCUUGGGUGGUUUAG